AUGCAUCCUAUUAGGAUCAUCAAAACUCAAAUUGGCAAGCCUCGACUCCAGCUUCAUAGACUCAACACAACAAUGAAACCCUCCAAGAUAGACCAAGGACGCUUCACACUCUCUUGUUGCACCAUUCUCAUCUUCCUCGGCAUAUUAGCAUUCACUAACCAACCUCAACUUCGAUUCCCUCCGGCAACCGACUCCACCGUCACCGCCACCGCCACCACAAGGGCUCAAACAAACAACUCUUCCUCGGACAACCUCCGAAUUCUCAUAGGCAUCCUCACACUCCCCGACCAAUACCUCCGGCGGCACUUCCUCCGCCUAGUCUACAGCACACAACCGCCUCCGCCGGGGGCCAAAGUUGACGUGAAGUUCGUGUUCUGCAACCUCACGAAAGAGGAUCAGAAGGUCCUAGUAGCCCUUGAGAUCAUGCACCACGACGACAUCAUGAUCCUGGACUGCAAAGAGAACAUGAACAACGGGAAAACCUUGAACUACUUCUCAACCCUUCCAGAGCUUUUAAACGACACCGUUGGGCCUUACCCUCCUUACCAUUACGUCAUGAAAGCAGACGAUGAUACAUAUUUGAGGUUGAACAGUUUGGUGGAGUCGUUGAAACCAUUGCCGAGGGAAGAUUUGUACUAUGGAUACGUGAUACCCUGUAAAAGCAUGGACCCUUUUGUGAAAUACAUGUCUGGGAUGGGUUAUUUGGUGUCUUGGGACAUUGUGGAGUGGAUACGAGGUUCGGAUAUUCCGAGGAAACGCUUCCAAGGUCCUGAGGAUAAGGUUUUUGGAGAGUGGUUGCGUGAGGGUCGUCGUGGAAAUAAUAGGUUCAAUGCUAAGUGGUCUAUGUACAAUUUUCCGGAGCCACCAACCACGUGUACUCAUGAACUCUGGCCAGACACUAUCGCGGUUCACUUGUUGAAGAAUCAAGAAAAGUGGAUUCGAACUCUCAAGUAUUUCAAUGUCACUCGUCAUUUGAAGCCUUCCAAAUUGUAUCAUAUACUUUAG